AUGGGUGACGUUCCCUUGAACCGUGCUGAGCGCCUGGCUGAGGCAGACAAGCCUACCUUCGACGCCGAAUAUGGCACCCCGCUGAAACGAUCUAUCGUUUCCCCGUCCGACGAAGCCGCGCUCAAGGCGUGCUGGGUAGAUCUGAUCAACGCGCUCGCCGAAGCGCAGAAAGAGAUCGUCGCCAAGGGACCGACCAUCAUCCCACAGAUCGAGUCCGGCGACCUUGACAAGCUCAGCGAGGCGCAGAGGGACGAAAUCAGAAAGGUCGGAAGCGUCGUCGUACACAACAUCGUCGACGACGAUCUGGCUCUCAAGUGGAAGGGCAUGCUAAGAGAAUACAUCAAGGCGAACCCUCAGGUGGACGGCUUCCCCGAGGAGGACAAACAGUUCCUGCAGAUGUACUGGGCGAAAUCUCAAGUGCAAGCUCGCUCGCAUCCGAAGGUAAUCGCAGUUCAGAAAGCGCUAAACGAGUUCUGGACUCGUCCGAAAGACGACAACCUGCUCAUCUCCUUCUCCACGCCGUUGACGUAUGCCGACCGGUUCCGUAUCCGCACGGCGCGCAUGUGGGACCGGCACCCACCGCAUAUCGAUGGUGCGAAGAUCGAGCGCUGGGCGGACGAUAGCCUGAGGAGCUGCUUUGCUAGCGUGCUCAAAGGAGAUUGGAGGGCCCAUGAUCCUUUUGUUGUGGACGGACGGAUCCGGGCAGAGAGCAACAUGCACAAGCGUCCAGGUCAGUCGAGCAUGUUCCGCUCAUGGCAGGGCUGGCUAGCAAUGUCCAACACCGGGCCUGGGGAGGGAACGCUGAAAGUCUUCCCCAACGUGCAGUGGUCGAACGCAUACGUCGUCCUCCGGCCAUUCUUCAGGCUCAGGUCGGCCGAGCUGGACCCGCUACUCGCUGAGAACUGGGACUAUGAUCCGGACACGGCGCACUACCCUGGGCUCAAGCCGACAAAGAGCAUACAACUGACCGAGGACACGCAUCCGCAUCUCCAGACGGAGACGACGAUGACGUGCAUGCCAAGGGUGUUGCUGGGGGAUAUGGUUUUCUGGCACUGCGGUGCGUGCUUCGGCAGCGGUUGA